UUAAAAAUUGGUUUUUCACAACAUGUUUUCGUUUCAAGCAUGGCAAAUUAAGCACAGCUACCGUCGUAGAACUUGUUGGAAAGUAACCAAGUUAGGUGUUCAGAAAAAUAUUGGACAAGAUUUUUCAAGGAAAAAUUACCAUGUAACUGAUGACUCCUCUUUGGAAUCGACGUUAUCUAACCAAAAUAUUAUUAAUCCAUGUGGCAUACAAAUGCUACCAAGAUCAAUUCAUCGCCAGAUAUUCUCAAAGAAUGACAGUAAUACAAUAUCUUCGGAGACUAUCAGAAAGAUUCAAGAACAUUUGUCUAUUCAUAAAUUACAUGGUAAAUCAGUCAGCAGGCUCCCUGACAUUGAUUUAAAACUUCCGGUGUUACAAGGCCAAAAUAUUGCAGAACACUUCAAAAGAAUUGCUGAAAAGCAAUGUGGAAAUUAUUUUACAAAAUUGUUAGAUUUUGUGUCACAUGGAAUUCCAGAAAUUCCCAAAGUUUGGAACUUUUCACCUGGUUGGACGAGAUAUAGCAUUAGUGGUGAAACAGAUUGUGUUGAUUUCCCAGAUGACGAAGCAUAUGUCUUUGAUGUGGAAGUCUGUGUUAAAGAGGGUCACUUACCAACGUUAGCUACGGCAGUUUCUAAAAAUUAUUGGUACUCAUGGUGCAGCAGUCAGCUCUUUGAAGAGAAAAAGGUGCAAGAUUCUAUGCUGAGAACUAUGGGAAGCAUUUAUGAACUGAAAGACUUGAUCAAUUUGGAGUCGAAAAGGGAACAAGAUCGUUUGAUUCUCAAGGAUCAAAAAGAGCGUAUAAUUGUAGGACAUAACGUUAGUUAUGACCGUUCACGCAUAAAAGAGCAGUAUUUCAUUGAAGGAACAAAGGUUCGAUUUCUUGACACCAUGUCUUUACACAUAGCAAUAAGUGGCAUUACUAGUUUUCAAAGAAAUAUGCUUAUCGCCGCAAAAUCUGGUACCAAUGAUAAACCUAUGAAAAAUCAGCAAAUGCGGAGCAAGUCGAGCAAAAUGGAAGAGAUUCUGGAAUGGCAAAAUAUUAGUUCAUUUAAUGGUUUAAGCGAUGUGCAUAAACUUUAUUGCGGCGGAUUGGGUUUAGAUAAAGAGAAGCGGAAUAUCUUUGUGACUGGUACGGUGUCAGAUAUAAUAGAAGAUUUUCAACAGUUAGCUACGUAUUGCGCAAGGGAUUGCCUAGCCACAUAUGAAGUAUUAUGUGCUCUCAUUCCUGAAUAUCAAAAGCGUUUUCCUCAUCCAGUCACUCUAGCUGGAAUGUUGGAAAUGAGCACUGCUUAUUUACCUGUGAAUCGCAACUGGCAACGAUACUUACAAGACUCUGAAGAUACUUAUCGUGAUUUAGAGAAUGAACUAACGCAAAGCUUAAAAAGAGAGGCCGACCGAGCAGCCCACAUGAUUAAAGAUAAAGCGUAUGAAGGGGACCCCUGGCUUUGGAACCUUGAUUGGUCGACUAAGCCACUGAAAGUGAAGAAAGCCGCAUCACUCGUGAAAAAAAAAAAAAAAGCGGCCAAUGAUGUUCCUUCCAUGAUUGUUAACGUAGAAGAAGAAGAUGAAAUAAAUGGAGAUGAAGCUGGCCUACGUGAAAUCAAACGACUAAAACAGCAAUUUCAAGAAUUGUUUGACACUAAAAACCAUUUGUUUAAACGUAAUUCCUUCUUACCUGGUUAUCCAAAUUGGUAUUGCUUAUUAUGCGACCGCGUUCAGGAUGGUUUGGUUGGUCCGUCUGAAGUUUCAACAUCAGCACAAGUAGUACCAAAGCUGCUUAAAUUGACGUGGGAUGGCUACCCACUUUUUCACAGCCGCGAACUGGGCUGGGGUUAUCUAGUUCCUGGAAGACCUCUAGAUUUAUCUCGCCAAGAUGAAAAUGUAAUACCUUUUCCGUUGAGGGAGGCAUUUUCCCUUUUCCCUCCUCGAAUUGCCGACCAAAAUGUAUCAACUCAAGGAAUUAUCACGGCUGAAGAAGCCCUUGUGCAGCUCGGUCAAAUGACGGAUCUAUCAACUGAUCCUCUUGAAUUGGCUGUUCAUUGGCAGGCUAUACGACGUGGUCUAAAUAAUAAUAUGGAACACCAGAAAGAUGCAUUUCCAGUAUGUAAUCAAUCUCAGAAGAAGCACAGCAAUUAUUUGACUUCAGAUCGGCCCGCUUGGCACCUGGGAAUAGGACCAUAUGAUGUCGGUAUCCCGGGCUGUUGGUUUUUUCGCCUUCCUCAUAAAUCUGGCGUUGAUAACAAUGUUGGAAAUCCGUUAGCGAAAGACUAUUUGAACAAAAUUGAAGACGGAACUCUUAAAGCUACUUCAAGUUCUAUCGCCGAACAUAUUUUAAAACUAAAUCGCAAUAUCAUCUACUGGAGAAAUGCUCGUGAUCGCAUUAUCUCCCAAAUGGUCGUGUGGCUUCGACAGUCUCAACUUCCGCGGAACGUAACGAAUUCAAAUAAUUUUGAUGCGUCAAAUAGGUAUGGAGCCAUAUUACCACAGGUCAUUACGUCUGGCACGCUCACGAGAAGGGCAGUUGAAUCCACAUGGUUAACUGCUUCAAAUGCGUAUAAGGAUCGAUUGGGAUCAGAGUUGAAGGCUAUGAUCCAGUGUCCGCCCGGUUUUAAUUUUGUUGGUGCAGAUGUUGAUUCUCAAGAACUUUGGAUAGCCUCAAUCAUCGGAGAUUCGUAUUUUGCUGGUCAGCACGGAUCGACGGCGUUCGGUUGGAUGACACUACAAGGCAAAAAAAGUGACGGGACAGAUAUGCAUAGUCGAACAGCUUUAGCCGUCGACAUUAGUAGAGACCAAGCAAAAGUAUUAAAUUACGGCAGGAUAUAUGGCGCUGGUGAACGGUUCGCAAAAACUUUAUUGAUGCAAUUUAAUCAUCGCUUGACUGAAAAAGAGGCUGCAGAAAAGGCCCGCAAAAUGUACUCGAUGACAAAGGGAAAUUCAGUUUUUAAGCUAAAUAGUCGCGGACGGCAAUUGGCGUCUGCUCUUGGAUACCCAUCAGACGAAACAGUCACGCCAGAGCAAUUAAAUAACAUCAGAAAGAACGCGAAAAAAGAAAGUAAACUGGCACACUUGGCUAGUUUGCCAACCGAACAUUUAACCGAGCGUCGUAUGUGGUCUGGAGGAACCGAGUCUCACAUGUUCAACAAACUGGAAGAAAUCGCUCAAUCGCAGGCGCCAGAAACACCGGUGUUGCAUUGUCGUAUUAGUCGUGCUCUGGAACCCUGCAACGUCGGUAACGAAUUUAUGACGAGCCGCGUCAACUGGGUCGUUCAGAGUUCCGCUGUUGACUACCUUCAUUUAAUGAUUGUGGCAAUGCGAUACCUUCUUGACGUGUACAAAAUUGAGGGUCGAUUUUCGAUUAGCAUUCAUGAUGAAGUGCGAUACAUCAUAAAGGAAGAUGAUAAAUUCCGUGCAGCAUUGGCGCUACAAAUCGCAAAUCUUUGGACUAGAUGCAUGUUUUCAUACCAAAUGAAUCUAUAUGAUCUGCCGCAGGCUGUUGCAUUCUUUUCGUCCGUGGAUAUAGAUACGGUGUUGCGUAAAGAGACAAAUAUGGACUGCCAGACACCUUCAAAUCCUUACGGCCUCAAACAAGGAUACCGAAUAGACUUCGGCUGUAGCUACGACAUUUAUCAAAUUUUGGAAAAGACCGGUGGUUCUCUUGAUUCAAAUCGCUAAAAUUUCAUUUGAAUAUUUAAUUGAUGUGUCCGGCUUCACUAGAUCCAGAAGGUUGCAAAAAAACGUGCUUUAGCAAUCCAUUGAAUAUAUCACCGGUAUCACUCAUGUUGUGUAUGAAAACAAAUUUGUUGUCGUCUGCUAGGCAUAAACAGUGUCACUGGCUCUUGAAAUAAAUACUUCAUUAGA